AUGAAUGUGCCCAACAAAAUCAAACAUUUCGCUUGGAAAGCCUGCAAGGACAUCUUAGCCACCAAGGAGAACUUAAUGAAGAGGAAUAUCAUCAAGGACGGUACGUGUGACUUCUGUGGUAAAUCGGUGGAGUCCAUCUGCCACUUAUUUUGGCUUUGUGAUAAGGCCAAAAGGACCUGGUCCUCAAGUAAGAUGGUCAUCCCGUUUGAGAUCAGCCCAACGUGGACGUUCAUGGAUGUGAUGUGGCAGUUACAAAGGUGGUCGGAAUCACACCCGGGUUUGGUGGAGCGGGCUAUUGCAAUAUGCUGGGGAAUAUGGAAGGAUAGGAAUACUGUCAGACAUGGUGGUAAGUGCAGAGAAGGAAAAGCUAUAGUUAGAAGCUCAUUGAGGGUGUUGGAUGAUUUCCAACUGGCGAACGUGAGACAACUGGCUCCCACAAGACAACCUUCAAAUGAGAUAAAAUGGAGACCUCCUCAACCGGGCCACUAUAAAGUGAAUGUUGAUGGAGCCGUAUUUUCGAAAAGGAAGCAAGUGGGUUUUGGAGUGAUCAUACGUGACUCAGGAGGUUUGGUGAUUGCUGCGCUAAGCCGAAAGCUCGCUUGUCCGUUAGGAGCUUUGGAGACAGAAGCAAAGGCAAUGGAGGUCGGGGUUCAGUUCGCAUUUGAUGUUGGGAUAAGGGAUGUAACUUUUGAGGGCGACUCAAUAUGCAUCUAUAAUGCGCUUCAAGGAUUGGGCGAGGCGUCGUCGACUGUACAAAACAUUGUUGCUGGAACGCUUCAUCUCGCAAAAGGAUUUAGAACUGUUUCUUUUUCACAUACUAAAAGGCUAGGAAAUGUGCCGGCCCACUUGUUGGCCCAACAUGCAGCUAAUGUUGAAAAUUACGUUGCAUGGAUUGAGGAAUGUCCUAGCCACGUAGAGUUUGCAUGUAAUAAUGAUGUUUCCUCUUACUUCAAUUAA